CUAACAAAAAAGAUUUUCUAAAAAAACUUGAAACAAUGGUGACAAAGAGGGACUCGUCAAAGAUUCUGAUCGCUUUCGCACUGGUCCUGAUAGCGGUGGGAGUGGCGGAGGGGCAGAGCUGCACGGCCGAGCUGACGAAUCUGAACACGUGCGCGGAGUUCGUGGUCCCUGGAGCUGCGAACACGAACCCGAGCUCCGAGUGUUGCGGAGCUCUCCAGGCCGUACCGGUGGACUGUCUCUGCAACACAGUCCGCAUCGCAUCUAGGCUUCCUUCUCGCUGCAACAUCCCCUCUUUCUCUUGUGGCAACUAAUUGACUGAUCAGAUAAUAUACAUAAACCACGUCCACCUUCCGUAGGAUCUGGAGGUGUUUAAGGAGUGGACGGGACAAGACGUGUCUAAGAAUAAAACUGGAGUUCAGUUUAGUUUGUUUCUUUUUUUUCAUGUAGCCGAAUGGAUAAGAAAAUGAAAUAAAAAAAAGGAUUGUGAUGAUGAUCAAGCG